AUGUCUACUGAAGAUAAGCAGGUUUGUGAGGCAGUAGUUGAAAGAAAAGGGGUAGGACAGGAAGACAGAGAUGAUUCAGGAAUCAGUGAUUAUGGAUUGUCAUUAGAUAGCCCAUUUGCACAUUCAACUAGUUAUCCCGAGACACCGGGACAAACGACGAGGAAUAAGUCAGUUUCAGAGGAUGCAGAUAUACGAUCGAUGUUGGCAGCCUUGCUAAAAGAAACUAGAGAAUCACUAAAGGAAGAUUUACGAGAAUCAUUAGAGAAAGAUUUACAAGGAACUAACGCAUCAUUAGAGAAGGGUUUACAAGAAACAAGAGAAUCACUAAAGGAUUUACAAGAAACUAACGCAUCAUUAGAGAAAGGUUUACAAGAGAUCAAAACAUCGCAAAUGAAAAUGGAAUGUAAUCUGAAGAAGGAAAUGCAGGAGUUACAAGAACGACUGAAGAUGGACGUCGACGAGAGAGAGAGGAAGCUACAGAAGAGCAUAGACCAAGUCCAGGGGGACGUGGAGAAGAUGGAAGGAAAGUUAACAAAAAAGAUGGAAGACGAUAUUGAAGAAACGAAAGCCGAAUUGGGAGAAAGAAUCAACUAA